AUGGUGGAGAAUAUCGAGCAGGUGCUUGCGCGCGGCGACCGCAUCCAGCUGCUGGUGGACCGGACUGAGGACCUGCAGGCGCACGCGCAGCAGUUCCAGAAGCAGGGGCGGCAGCUGCGCAACCGCAUGUGGUGGCAGAACACCAAGAUGAAGCUGUGCUUUGCCCUGAUCAUCCUGAUCGUGCUCAUCGUGAUCGUGCUCAUAGCCUGCUUCUCAGGCGGCAACCGCUGCAUACCCAAGAAGGAGCAGCAGCCCGCCGCUGCAUCGCCGACGCCCUGA